AUGCGCAAAGUGCGCCGUAGCCACACGAAGUCCCGGAAGGGCUGUGUGCAGUGCAAGAAUGGUCAUGUGAAGUGCGAUGAGGUGAUGCCCACUUGUGGCUUGUGCCUGAAACGCAAGCAAGAAUGUACCUGGCCGUCUGGCUCCGGAAAUGACACCCACAGCCAGGAAUCCUCCACUCCCAAAGAUGGCAGUGAUGCACAUAUUGGGACGAGUGAGUCGCCAUCGUCCUUUGCUUCGGACCACAUACGGUGUUUGGAGAUGCGCCUGUUCCACCAUUAUAUGGUCGAGACGUACCGCUCGAUGCCGGAGGGUAGACUCACCCAUUAUCACUAUCAAGUGAUUAUUCCAAAAUUUGCAGCCAAUCAUGCGUUUCUGUUGGAUGCUAUGCUGGCCCUGUCGGCUAUGCACCUUGCUUUCUCCGAAACCAACGAGACUCGUUACUGGUUAGAGCUUGGAUUGAAGUAUCAGACCAGUGCUUGCACUUCUCUUAGUCGACUAUUGACAGUUGACGUGACGCCUGAAUAUUUUGGACCGGCCUUUCUUAGCUCUGUAUUUAUUAUGUUAACUGCAACCGCCUAUCCCAGUGUCUCGCGGGACAACAUUGCCUUCAAUGCGCUUUCUCAGGUGCUGGAGAUGCGGCGGUUACUAGCUGGAUGCUCACUUCUGAUGGAGAGAUUGCGAAAUAGCCCCUCACCUGAAAUGAUGCAGUGGUUCAAUGUUCAAGGUUCCGUCCGAAAGGAUGAUUCCCCAAGAGAAAAUGCCCUCAGUGAUUCACUUCAACGAUUAUAUCCGCUCAUCGAGAGUUGCAGCGAUUUCCGGAGAAGUCCCUACAAGAAUACAUGGGACUUGUUGAGCGAUUCCGUUCAUAGUUGGCCAAUGUACGGUGCUCGAGGUGGUUUUAUAGCAUUGCCGAUUCAUGUCAGCGAUUCCUUCCUCACCUUACUGCAGGAGGACGAUUGGAUGGCUCGUAUCUUAUUUCUACACUACGGUGUAGGUCUGCAGCUCCUCUCAGACCGAUGGUAUGUUGGCGAUUGGGGACAACGUAUGGUGGCUUCGAUUGUGGAAUCUAUGGAAAGCGAGAUCCCACCUGAAUGGGUGAGCGUCGUGACGUGGGCGAGAAUGGCAGUCGGGCUAGAUGCUACUGUGCCGUGA